AUGGGCGACUCGCCCACCCUGGGUCGCACCGACACGCGCGCCUGGAUCAAGGAGGAGCAGGAGAGCCCGGUCGUGCCGGCGCGGCUGUGGCACGGCGCGUGCGGGCGGCGGCGAGGGCAAGAAGGACAAGGGCACGACGGCGCAGCGCUGCCGCCCAACCCGCAGACGCACAGCCCCCUCGCACGGCGCACCCGCUCGCCGCCGCGCAGCCUCGACUCGACCCGCGCCGACUCGUCGCCACCGCCACCACCACCAGCUCACGCGCCGUCGCCUCGGCUUGACGCCAGCGUCGGGCUCGGGCUGGGCCUCCCGGUCGAGCUGGACGAGCUGCUCGAGGCGGGAGAGGCGUUCGCUGGACUGGGCGCAGCGUCGAGCAUGAGCGUCAUCCACCGCACCCUCUCGGCCUCGACCGCUUCGACCACCUCUCGCAGCAGCUCCUCGCACCCGAGCAGCCCGCGCUCCGGCCCACACGCCGGCUCGGCGCCCACGCUCGGCGGCGCGGGCCCCGGGACCCGGGCGCGCGGCGCGAGGAGGAGCGCGAGCACGGCGGCGACGAGCGUGCACGGCUUCGAGGGCGACGAGGGCGGGUUCGAGAAGGCGAGGAGCCCCGCGGCGGCGUCGAUGCCGAGGACGCCGUCGCUCGCUGGGUCGUCGCCGGCGGGAGGUGACGAGGUCCAGCUCGGGCUUGUGCCGUCAGGGGCAGCGGCGCAGGCCGACUUCCCGUCCGCGACGCACUCGUCCUCGCCGUCGGCGGAAGCGCCUAUCGGCCGCCCGUCGAGCGCCCGUCGGCCAUCCACCUCUUCCUCGACGACCACGUCCCCACCCGCAUCCUCCUCUCCCUCGCGCUCGUCCCCCCCCUCGCACACCGCGCACCCCUCUCCCUCCCCUCGUUCUUCCUCGACCUCCCCUGUACCUCCCGCCGAGCACUGGCACGCCUCCUGGGCGCCUCCCGCCGACGUCGACGACGAGGAGCAGCUCGUCCUCGGGCUCCUGCCGAUCUUGCACCCUGGUGCCGGCCUGCUCGAGCCCGAGCCGGCGCACGAGGGCGCCACCGAGCAGCGCGAGCUCGUGUGGAGCGAGUCGAGCGAGCGCGAGUGGGCGUUCGAGUGUCGCAGCGUCCUUGGCCAGGCGCACGGACCGCCAAAGCCCGACACGCCCGCGCCCGCGCACCCGUUCUCAGCGCCCGGCGUCGCGCUCCGGCGCACUCCCACCCCGCCGUCCUCGACGAGCCGCUCCCCUUCGACCUCGUCGCUCCUCGCGCCCCCGCUCGAGCCGCCCAAGCACACCAAGCGCACCUCGGUGCUCUCGACGCUCGCCUCGCCGUUCGCCGGCCUCGCGCGCAGCCGCAGCACGGGCGGCGGCGGCAGCGCUGCGGGGACGGGCCUCGCGCCGCCGCACGACGGCGAGCGCGCGAGCACGUACCGCCUGUCGGUCAUCGGCGAGGCGUCGUCGUCGGCGCACUCGGGCGGGUCAUCGUCCUCGUCCUCGGCGGCGUCCCUGGCGCCGACCUCGUCGGGCUCUUCCCGCCGUCGACUGCGCCGCACGAGCCUCUCGUCGAGCUCGGGCGCGAGCCAGAGCCAGAGCCAGAGCCGGAGCGGCGCCGAGGCGACGGUGACCGAGACGGGCUCGCAGGUGCGGUACGCGUCGGCCGAGGCGGCGCGAGACGAGCUCGACCGCAUGGGCGGCAAGGCGGCAAAGGUGCUCGGGCUGAGCGUCGCGGCGCCGGCCCCGGCGGAUGUGCGAGGGGAGCAGGAGCAGGAGGGGCGUGCGGCGGGAGGACCGAGCGCUGCAGCGGUCGAACGCCCGAGGUCGGUGCGAUCGUCGAGGUCAGGAGGAGGAGAUCAGGAGGAGCGCGGGCUGUCGAGAUGGCCGGCGAGGAGGGACGACAUCAAGCCGUUCGAGCUCCUAUCCGCCGACAUGUACAAGCUCGGCUCGCCAUUGACCUCGCGCUUCCGCAGCGGCGCUCGCACCCACUUCCGCCCGCGCUUCGUCGCCCUCACCGCCUCUCCUCACCCUCCCUCUCCCUCACCUUCUUCGUCGCCCUCGUACCACCUCCGCGCCUUCGUCUCUCGCCACCCGUCCGAGCGCGAGACCUACCGCCUGCACCUCUCGCCCUCGUCCGUCGUCUGCGUCCCCUCGGCCGCCGAGCUCCCCUCGCGCCUCAAGGACGGCCGCGCCUUCGCCAUCAAGGUCACCGGGCAUCAAGAGCCGACAGGCGACGAGGGCACGACGCAGGCGCACGCCGAGGGCGACUCGGCGUGGGUCCUCGGGCUUGACGACGAGGGCGUCUUUUGCGAGUGGCUCGAGCGCCUCAAGGGCGUCGUGCGCGACCUCCGCAAGCGGGCGGAGCGUCGUCGAACGUCGUCGAGUCAGGGUGGGCACGACGAUGGCGCGCCGUUCGACCUCGACAUCACGCAGCGGGCGGCCGACGACGAGGCGUCGCUCAAGUCGGGCGACAGCGGGCUCGGCAGCCUCGUCCUCUCGGCGCAGGGGUGGCAGUUCGAGCUGAACCAGGACGACGUCGACCUGCGGUCGAGGCGCCCGUCGGCGGGCCGCAUCGAGGCGGCGAGCUCGUCGUGGUCGAGCCGGACGCACACGACCGGCUCACAGCCUGACGACGGCGCAUCGUCGCGCUCGGGUCGUCGCUCGCUUGACGACUACCUGUCAGCGCAGUACAACGCUCCUGCCACCACGAGUGCGGCAGCGGGCUCGUCCUUCCUCGACGCCGACUCGUCCGGCGACGACAGCCUCGUCGAUGACGUGGCGCCGUCGGCCGCCCGCCUCGCAUCCUCGCUCGAGGCGCGCAGCAAGCUCAGCGAGCGGGCGGUGGAGCACUCGAGCUUACCUCCUCGCGGCCUCGUGCACCUGCACGCCCACCUCGCACCGCCGCGGCCUCCUCCCUCGUCGGCGCUUCCUCCCCUCCCGCUCGAGCACGGCGACAGCCUCUCGCCCUCGCACCUCGACUCGUUCCGCCGCCAGUUCCGCACAAGCACGACCUCGCUUCCCUCGUCCCGCCACGCGCGCCCCGACCGCACGUCGUACCUCUCGUCGCACUCGUCCGACUCGCUCCCGCCGCCCACGCCGCCGCCUCGGUCCAAGCUGCCGGCCCUCCCGCCGGUGCCGCCGUCACCCGACCUGGCGCAGCUCGAGCGAGAGCUUGGACGGCGGGCGCCGUCGCGCACGAGGAGCGAGCACAGGGCGUGA